AUGUCAAUUGAAAUGCCUUCACAAUCAACAAUCGCCGGGGCCUCUCCCAAAAAACAUAAGAGCAAGUCGGAAAAGAAGCAUAAAUCAACAGAUAGCGAGAAAAAACGAAAACGUGAGAAUGGGGAAGAAGGACAUCGAUCGAAGAAACACAGAUCCGAAAAGACGGCUACACUUAGUUCCUCCUCGAUACAACCACCAGCUGAAAUAUCGCCAUUCCAUCUACAGACAUCUUCAAUCUUUUUGCCCUUAGCACCAGUAUCUCAGAAAUUUCCUCUCGAAGGUUUAUGCGCCGAACACCUUUCUCCACUCAUUCUCACAUAUUAUCCUCCAUUCAAUGGAGUUGUUCUUUCCUACAGUAACCCUCGAUUUGCCGAAAAAGCCUUUGGUAACGAUGGAGAUUCUACUCUUUUACAAAACUUGGACGAAUAUGCGGUCAGUUGGGCUUGGGUGACUGCUGAGUUUCUACUCUUCAAACCGGAGAAGGGAGCUUGGUUAGAGGGUUAUAUCAAUUUACAAAAUGAAGGACAUCUGGGGUUAGUCUGUUGGAAUCUUUUCAAUGCAAGUAUCGAGAGAGCAAGAUUACCAAAAGAAUGGAGAUGGGUCGGUGUAGAGGACCAAGAAAAGGAUGCGGAAGCCGAAGCUGAAGAAGGCGCAACAUACGCUGAAGAUGGAAUUGGCUAUUAUGUGGAUGGAGAGGGCAAGAAAAUUGAAGGCACCGUGAAAUUUCGAGUGAAGGAGAUUGAAUCAAAUCAUGAUAAGGAGAGAGGGUUCUUGACAAUUGACGGAACGAUGUUAGAUGAGGAAGCUGAGAUGCGAUUGUUGGAAACCGAACAGGACAGGGUUGGAAAUAAAGACAGUGCUGGUAGACGUCUUGGUGGUGCAAAAGCUCUUGGUGCGACUAGCUUAGGAGUAACCAUUGAACCCUCUGCCACGGAAGUGGACACAGGGAAGAAACAUAGACGAAGAGAUUGA